UAGCAGUCCAUGGAACAGUAAAGUUUUUCUCAGCUCUCGAUCUCUGAAGCCUAGAAGCGCAUUUAUCUCCAUUUGAUCGGCACAAUAAUACUAGACCUCAGGAAUGGUGAAAACUGCAUACAUCAUCAGUUAUAUACAGUCCUUUUGACAGCAAACUUUUCACCUUGACGGAGGGUAAAUCCAGGGAUUUUUUGCAGCUAUGCCAUCAGGAUAGUAUAUAAAUACCAGCUACUUCUGGAGAGGUUAUUGGGCCAGUUUUACUUCGUUAUUCAUCUUCAGCAAGCAAAGAUUCCUCUACCAAAAUGAAGCUGCUGAUUCUUUCCUGCAUUCUGAGCAUAGCACUUGCUACCCCAGUCCGUCGGUCAGCAAGCUCCAGUGAAGAGCGCCGUGGACCUCCCAUCAUGAUUCCUAUGCCACCACCUCUGCAGCCCCAACGACCAAUGAUCCCUCAGCAACCUCCACAGACACCACAGCUGAUACCUAUCCCAUUUCCUUAUGACCCAGCUCAGGGAAAUCCUGCUGCUGGCCCAUUUCCGGGAGUUCCUGCUGCUGGCCCAUUUCCGUUUCCUUUUCCUUCAUAUCCUGGUGUGGUAAGAUCAUUACUCUGCACUAAGCUGUGUUUGCGUCAUCUGAGGUCUGGAGGCAAACUCAGGCCCUAUAAUAUUUAA